AUGCUCGUGUCAUGCUCGCAACCAGGCCUGUCCAGGAUCGAUCGGCAUAAUGAAUUUGGCUCAUGUAUGGAAGGCUUCAGCGGAUAUGUUGAUGAAUCAAUCGUCAUCACAGGUUUAUCUGAAAUCUUUUAA